AUGCUUAAGCUACCCAAAGGACUGAAGAAGAAAAAGAAAGGCAAAAAGUCGAAGAAAGACCAAGAGCUAUUCACCGAGGAGGAGCUAGAGCAGUACCGUCGGGAGCACCAGAACCAAUCGGCACUCAACUCGGCAGCCCCAUCGGACAGCGAGGACGCCCCGGUGGCUGGUGAGAACGACGAGGAAUGGUCGAAAUUCACCGCCCUCACCAGCGGCGUUGACUCGGUGCUCAAGAAAACUCAGGGUGACCUAGAUCGAAUCAAGAGUACCUCGUUCUUCCAGAAAGUUCCGACCAAGCUAGAGCAGGAAACGAAAGAGCGCGAGGAGCGCGAACGCCGCGAGCAACAACAUCGGGAGCAGGAGGCCGCAGCGGCCAAGGUCGACGAGCACAAGCGUGUCGCCCAGGAGCUAAUCAACGCGGUAGUCGAACUUUCGGAAUCGGAACCCAACUCGGAGGCGGAGGAGGACAUCUUCGACACCGGCUACAUCGAUGCCAUAGCCAGCGGGGAGCUACCGAUAGCGUACAUUCCCGAGUCGCCGGUUCUCGAGUCGUUCGAAGGGCCGGAUCCGUUCGACACUUCCUACGCGGAAAAGGUUAUCAAGGGACCGGAGGUUUCGAAGCGGGGCAAAAAGCUGGUUAGUAUCGGAUCGGCCGUUCAGGUACUUACCGGGCGCGUCGAGAGCGUCGGCACCGGCUCCAUCAAGAGCCGUCGGCAGCGGCGGGGACCACAGAAUCUGCUGCUUGAAAGCUUCGACGAGGGUGACCAGCAGCAGCAGAACGACGAUCUAGUGGACGGCAAGGAGGCGCCGGCCCAGACCGAAGAUAAGUCACAAAACCUUAGCUUGCUAGACGACUCGGCCGAUCUGCCAGUGGACGUUUCGAUUGACCUAAGCGUAUCGCUUCAUCUGAGUCUUCGGAAGCAACAGCAAGAAGCAGCAGCGGAAGAGCAGCAGCCGGCAGCGACUACUGAUGCCGAAGAGCUUAACUUAGACGAGUUUGACGAUCUGAAACUACGUCAACCAAUACUUGCACAGGGCGACGAUUUAGAGCUACUAACAGAGAGGCCUGAAGCACCGAAGAAACCGUCGAGACCACCGCCACCAAAUCUUCCGGUCGUCGAUCUUGAGCAGUUUGACGAGCCAGAGGUAGACGACCCAUUCGAUACCGGUUUCGUCGAGAAGCUACUGCCAGCGACCGCGGUUGAGGACGACGAGUUCGAUCCGCGGGCGGAAGAGGACGGCGCCGAACCCGGCGAGACUGAGUUUGCUCCCCGAGCCGACGAGACCAGCAACAAAACCGCGGACCUUUUCUUGGCCGAGGACGAGGGCGCAUCGCUUCGGGUGUGUCAGGUUCCGGAGACCCUCUCGAAGGAUCUCCUGUCCGGCAGCACCUCGGAUCUAGCGGGUCUCGGCCACACACCGCUCGAGUGUGUCUCGAGUGCGCGGCCGGCGGUUACCGACGGGGGUCCGGUGAGCUCGUUCGAUCCGUUCGACACGUCGGCGGUCGACUUUAUUGUCGCACCGGGCAAGACUGAGCUGAAGUUCCUCGAGGAGGAGCUGCUCACUGCGGACCGUGGCCUCAGCCACUCGCUCAGCGACCCAGACUUUGAUCCUCGCGCCGACAGCGAGCAGGCGGCAGCAGUGCAGGAGGACGCGCGCUUGGAGGAGGACUUCCAGUCGUUGGCCCAGCGCAAGUCAUCCCUAAGCCUGCACAUCAACGGUGCGGCUGCGAAUCGCAGCAAGUCGGUGGUGUUUGCCGUGGUGACGCCCGAUCUGCUGAAGAUCGACGGCGAGCACUCGAUCGCCAAGAAACCGCUGACACCGUACUACAACCGAGAGUCUUCGGUGCCGGACGUCGAAGCCGACCCGUUCGACACUUCGUUCGUCCCGCCGGUGGAGCCGACGAAGCUCGAGCUCACGCUACUCGAGCAGGAGCUGACCAAGCCCGAGCUGCGGCACAGUCUUUCCGAUCCGGAGUUCGAUCCACGGGCGUGUGGGUCUUCGGACGGUCCGGAGCCAGUCCUCGCCAGCUCCGAUUUGCUUGGCGUUAGUGAGCAGCACGACCAGAAGGUGCUGACACCGGCACCAGCAGCAGCAGCAGUUGAAAUCGAUCCAUUCGAUACCUCGAUCGCGGUGAACCUGCAACCCGGCCGGGCGGAGUUGAAGCUGCUGGAGGACGAACUUAUUCCAGCCACAGCCCGGGACGAGGGUCUGCUGUCGGACUUUCUCUCUGGCGGAGCGCAGGAGACAAGCGCGGUAUUUGUGAAGGUGCUUACGCCUCAGCCCAGCGGCGGCUCCAUUGACCUCUCUGGCGAGCAGCCCGAGGUCGAUCCGUUCGAUACUUCCUUCGCGGAGAACUUGGGCCCGGGCAAGACCGAGAUAAAGCUCCUCGAAGACGAGCUCAUCGACAACUAG